GCAUAUUCCCAAAUCUAUGCAAAGCUCUCCUUCCCCAUCUCUCCCUCUCUCUCCUAUAAAAGAAUGGAUGGUCAUGGUAAGAUGGGGCUGAUUGGAGAAAACUUUGAUCCGGGUUUAGUUGUGAUGAUGAAGGAAGAUGGAUAUGAGAGUAGGUCUGGAAGUGAUAAUUUUGAAGGUGCAUCCGGUGAUGAUCAAGAUGCUGCCGCUGAUGGACCGCCUAAGAAGAAGAAGUACCACAGGCACACUCCACGUCAAAUACAAGAGCUUGAAUCUUUCUUCAAGGAGUGUCCUCACCCUGAUGAAAAACAAAGAACAGAACUUAGCAGGAGGCUAGGCUUAGCGAGCAAGCAAAUAAAAUUUUGGUUUCAAAAUAGGAGAACCCAAAUGAAGACCCGAUUGGAACGCCAUGAAAAUGUAAUUCUUAGUCAACAAAAUGAUAAACUCCGAGCAGAGAAUGAUUUGUUGAAGCAGGCCAUUACUAGCCCAUUAUGCAACAGUUGUGGUGGUCCAGCAGUGCCUGGUGAAAUAUCUUAUGAGCAGCAUCAACUUAGGAUUGAGAAUGCUCGAUUAAAAGAUGAACUAAGCCGGAUAUGUGCUUUAACAAAUAAGUACUUAGGCCGUUCUCUCUUGUCCUCGGCCAGCUCUAUUCCUUCCCAGGGUUUAAACUCCAAUUUGGAGCUUGCAAUAGGAAGAAAUGGAUUCGGUGGCUUGAACAAUGCUGGCAAUACAUUGCCGAUGGGAUUUGACUUUGGUGAUGGGGCUAUGAUGCCUUUAAUGAAACCUAUGGCUAAUGAAAUGCCAUAUGCCAAGUCAGCCUUUGUAGGUGUUGCUUUGGCCGCUAUGGAUGAAUUAAUUAAGAUGGCGCAGAUGGAUAAUCCUCUUUGGAUCAAAGGCUUGGAUGGUGGGAUGGAAACCUUGAAUCUUGAGGAGUACAGGAGGACUUUUUCCUCAUGCAUUGGCUUGAAACCAAGUGGCUACACAACUGAGGCUACUAGGGAAACGGGCCUGGUUUUCCUUCGUGGCUUGGCUCUUGUAGAGACACUAAUGGAUGCAAAUCGUUGGGCAGAAAUGUUUCCCUGCAUGAUUUCUAGAGCAGCAACUAUUGAUGUGCUAUCCAGCGGUAUGGGUAUAACCAGAGACAAUGCAUUGCAAGUGGUGGAUGCUGAAUUUCAAGUGCUUUCACCUCUGGUUCCUGUCCGUCAAGUGAGAUUUGUCCGGUAUUGCAAGCAGCAUUUGGACGGUGUGUGGGCUGUGGUUGAUGUUUCUAUUGAUGCUAGGCAAGAUGCAGCAAAUUCACAGAUGUUUCCGAAUUGCAGGAGGCUUCCUUCUGGCUGUGUUAUCCAAGAUAUGGCCAAUAACUACUCCAGGGUUACGUGGGUUGAACACUCGGAAUGUGAUGACAGUGCUGUCCACCAUCUCUUGCAGCCACUACUCAGUUCUGGUUUUGGCUUUGGUGCGCAAAGGUGGGUUGCCACUCUCCAAAGGCAAUGUGACCGCAUGGCAAUGCUAAUGUCCCCUGACAUCCCUGGUGCAGAUAAUACAGGAAUAACUCCAGCUGGGAGGAAAAGCAUGUUAAAGCUUGCACAGCGCAUGACAUAUAACUUCUGUGCUGGAGUUUGUACUUCAAGCGUGCAUAAAUGGGACAAGCUUAGUGUUGGUAACGUAGGUGAAGAUGUAAGGGUGAUGACCCGGAAGAAUAUAAAUGAUCCGGGUGAGCCCCACGGGGUUGUCUUGAGUGCUGCUACUUCUGUUUGGAUGUCGAUAACUCAGCAAAGGCUGUUUGAUUUCUUGAGGGAUGAACAGAUGCGGAGUCAGUGGGACAUUUUGUCCAAUGGUGGGCCAAUGCAGGAGAUGGUCAAUGUUGCGAAGGGCCAGGGACAUGGCAACUGUGUCUCUCUCCUUCAUGGCAGUGCCAUUAAUGCAAAUGAGAACAACAUGCUAAUUUUACAAGAAACUUGGUGUGAUCCUUCUGGUGCUUUAGUAGUGUAUGCACCUGUUGAUGUAUCCUCAAUGAAUGUGGUGAUGAAUGGGGGUGAUUCAGCAUAUGUGGCACUCUUACCAUCAGGAUUUGCAAUUUUUCCUGGUAUUUCACCUAGUUAUCAUGGUGGGCAAAGCAACUCCAAUGAACCUUCGGUGAAACCUGACAUCGAUGGGAGUAUAAAUAGUGGAUGCAUACUUACAGUUGGAUUUCAGAUUUUGGUGAAUAGCAUUCCUACUGCUAAGCUAACAGAAGAGUCGGUUGAAACUGUUAACAAUCUCAUCUCCUGCACGAUUCAGAAAAUCAAAGCUGCCCUUACAGAAACAUAG